UUUCGAACGGUGAUGACAAAAGAGUUUCAAUACCAAUACGCCAUAAAUCGGCGGGACUUUUGACAGCUAGCAAUUUUGGCGCUGUAUUUUCAGUCACGUUUGAGAUAUUUUAGUGUUAUAAUAAAACGAAAAAAUGUUAGUGUUUUGCUGAAUUACUUUGUAUUGUAUUUGUAUUGAUUGAGUAAUGAAAUAUUUGUAAUAAGUGAAAGUGUGAAUUUGAUAAAAUGAAGUUUUCGACGUGUAUUUUGGGUGGAGUUUUGAUUUACGUCGCGUUCUUAGAGUCCGCGCAGUCGCUAUGUGUACUGGAAUCAGAUUUUGGUUUCAAGAUCAACUGCGCAUUCAAAAAGUCCGGACUGUUCAGAGUACGGAACCUAGGAGGUCUCAAGGCGCAUGCUAGCUUAGGAUUUAGUUUAGGAGAUGAGCUCGGCUUUGAACAAUCGCUAACAAAUCAAGAUCCGAGCAGACGAAGAUCUACCAACGUCAAAAACGGAGCUCCCAGCAUCAUAGUGGACUCUAACAACAGGCAGAACGGGAAGCAAGAGAAACGGGGAAAACAAAACCGUAUAAUGAUGAGACCUGUACCACAACUGAGCCGACCAAACCAAGCUGCCAUGGACAGACUAUCAACUCUACACCAAAGAGCAUCAACUACCAUGAAACCUAUUAUUGUAUCGGGACCCACUGAUACUACCAAUUUCCUUCCUAAAGUACAAUCAACUCAGACAAUGGCAAAGCCCAUGCCGAUGGGAGUACCACCAUUCCGGCCUCUACCACCCAAAGAAGAUACUUUAAAAGUACUGCCAGUUGCAUCAAGGAAAAAUUCAUCACCGCUCCAAAGUUCGCAAUCAAAAGGCCCAGUAUAUGCAAGUGAGAAUUCCAAUCAUGAUAGUGUAUCUAAAAUGAUGUCACAAAUGACAUCAGUACACCACAAACCAUCAUUCAGAAUCACAUCAACACCCCUCGCUCAUCCAACAACUAAACCAUUCAUUCCCAUGCCACAAGCCAUCUCGAUCAUGCCUUCACCUGCACUCAAAUCACCUAGCUCAUAUAAUUCUAUUCCAGUAUAUCCAAAAAAUCCUCUUUCUAAUUUUAUAGCUCCUCAAUCUCAAGAUUUGGCGAGUCCUUGGAACAUCAAGAAGGCUGAUGACUAUAACAGCAUAAGCGGCUACAGUGAUGAUACCACUUUGAAAUUUAAUAAAGAUGAUAUAAACGAGAAAAUUGCUGAGAUUGCGAAAGCUGGAAAUAUUUCAAUGGAAGCAGUGGAAGCAGCAAUUGCAUUGAGGCAACAGCAACUAUUAAGUAAAUACGCAAAUCUACCUGUACCUACUACGCCUUCUACAACAACCACCACCCAGGAACCUAUCGCUUUUGAAUUAGAACCAGAACCAGAAAUCAUUGUUGCUCCUGCUCCAAAUAAACCUAAAAGAAACCCAACAUCCGGCAAGGUGAUGAACGCGCCACGUGAAUAUUACCCAGUUGGCUAUGAGAAGAAUUUCGAUGAUCAUUUCCAGUCCAAAGUAGAUCUACCUGAGACCAACUUCCAUUGCGGGGACCAGAAGUAUUUCCCUGGACUUUAUGGAGAUGAGAAUCUUGGUUGUAUGGUAUUCCACGUGUGCGCUCUUACAGAUGAUGGUUUAGUUAUGAAAUCGUUUCUCUGUCCUGAAUCUACUCUCUUCGAUCAAACUAUCCUUAAAUGCAACUGGUGGUUCUACGUCGACUGUAAGAACACUGCCAAGCUGUAUGACACCAACAUUCCUGUGUCUAAAAGCUACCAGCUCAUGAAAGCUCUGACAUUUUUCAGUUCAUAUAGGAAGGAAAUGGAAGAUGAUCGCCCAACCAACCCCGAAGACGUUGACGGUAUUAAGGAAGCUAUAACCAUUCUUGAAAACCAAGACUCAAAACCAAUCAAUAGUGAGCGAGUUGAAAUUGUUACUGCCCUGCCUUUUAUUGAUGAGCGAAGUAGGACACAAGAUUACAAUAUGACAUCACCUGUGUAUAGAGGCAAUAGAGAAUUGAAAAAUUCUACUGAUAGAAAAAAUGGGCGGACGGUACAAUCAAAAGACGAGAAUGAUGUAAAACUUAUAACUGUAAAUGCUGGUUUCAACUUUAAGAACACAUCUACAAAUUCAUCCACCACACAUACUAAUGAACGUCAAAAUAGAAGAAGAUCUAUAUUAUCUAGAAAUGCUCCGAGAUUAAUUUUAACAUCACCCAAACCUACUACAUCAUCUACAACAACUGUAUCUACCACGACAAAUAUUUCAAAUGAAACGAGUUCAAUCGAAGUGGAAAAGCAUGAAAUUCAGGAAUCUGUGGAGUUAUCCAAUGUGAAGAAAGAAGAAUUAAUCGAUCAAAUUGAUAAUAUUGACCCAAAAAUACUCAGUGAAGCCGAAACAUCUGCACCAGUUCGGAGAUUUUACCGUUCAAGUGCAGAAAGUACAAAGGAAAUAGCAAUUGAAAAUAAUGACAAAGUUCAAAUUGUUAGGCCGAGGUCAUUCGCAACUUUUGUCGGCGAAUACCCAACACAAAUAGCAGCAAUAGCAAAAUUAGACGAGGCUAUUUUGGGUAGGCCAUAUGUUUCACGAAUAAAAAAAGAUAUCCAAAGUAGAAUACCAAACGAAAGAUAUCGAAAAAAUCGAUCGUAGCCCAAAUAAAUGUUAGUCAAUAAUCUAAUUUAGUGUCAUAAACCUCUUAAUUUAUUUAUUUUCAAUGAGCGUAUCGAGUACUGAUUUACGUAUUUGCUCAAUUUUUACACUAGUUGUGGAUUCAGUCAAGUGAUAUUACGGUGUAUGUUUUAGUUUUAGAAUAAAAAACUUGUUUCCUUUA